AUGUCUCGGGGCCUAGCCCACCAACGACCUGGGAAGAAAAGGGGACACACACAGCAGUCCUCGGUUUCUCUGGGGGAUACCCCCACCCCUUUCCGCUUUGCCCUACAACCGAGGUCCUGCCGGCACCUUGUGUUCUCGGCCGCCUCCGCUUUUGUGGUCCACCUGGUCGCCCACCUUGCGGCCUCGGACACUGACUCUCAAUCUUGGUCGUCCAUCGUCCCCAUCGUGUCCUCUCCGUCACUUCCGCCGCCUUGCGGCCUCGGCCGCUGCCUCAACCCAGCCCAGCUCCUCUCUCUGAGUCAGUCUCCUUCGUCUGCCACAGUGUCGCUGGUGUCACUGACAGCAAACAUCCUGGGAUAUUCUGAGCUGGGAGCCAUCAAGUCUCUGAGGACUCUGAGAGCUCUGAGGCCCCUGAGGGCCCUAUCCCGCUUCGAGGGUAUGAGGGUGGUGGUGAAUGCGUUGGUUGGAGCGAUCCCCUCCAUCUUUAACGUGCUCCUGGUGUGUCUGAUCUUCUGGCUGAUCUUCAGCAUCAUGGGCGUGAACCUGUUUGCAGGGAAGUUUUACUACUGCUUCAAUGAGACAUCUGAGGAGAUAUUCCUGCCUGUUGAGGUCAACAACAAGACGCAGUGCCUUUCCCUGAUCCAGGACAACUUCACAGAGGUCCGCUGGAAGAACGUUAAGGUCAACUACGAUAACGUGGGCAUGGGCUACCUGUCGCUGCUGCAGGUGGCCACAUUUAAAGGCUGGAUGGACAUCAUGUAUGCAGCAGUGGACUCCAGAGAGGUGGAGUCCCAGCCGGUGUAUGAGGACAACCUGUACAUGUACCUGUACUUUGUUUGUUUCAUCAUCUUUGGCUCAUUCUUCACCCUCAACCUCUUUAUUGGAGUCAUCAUUGAUAACUUCAACCAGCAGAAAGCCAAGUUCGGAGGAACAGAUAUUUUCAUGACAGAAGAACAGAAGAAAUAUUACAAUGCCAUGAAGAAACUGGGCUCCAAGAAGCCUCAGAAACCUGUUCCCCGCCCCGAGAACAAGUUUCAGGGUCUUGUGUUUGACCUGGUAACCAAACAGUUCUUUGACAUCUUCAUCAUGGUGCUGAUCUGCCUUAACAUGGUGACCAUGAUGGUGGAAACCGACGAGCAAAGUGCUGAGAAGGAAACCAUCCUCUACUGGGUCAACCUGGUCUUUAUCAUCAUCUUCACCACAGAGUGCAGUCUGAAGAUCAUCGCCCUUCGGCAGCACUACUUCGCUGUGGGCUGGAAUGUCUUUGACUUCGUGGUGGUCAUCCUCUCCAUCGUAGGCCUUCUCCUUGCCGACAUCAUAGAGAAGUACUUUGUGUCGCCCACUCUUUUCCGUGUGAUCCGAUUGGCUCGCAUUGGGCGGAUACUUCGUCUCAUUCGUGGAGCCAAGGGGAUCCGAACGCUGCUGUUUGCUCUGAUGAUGUCUCUUCCCGCCCUCUUCAACAUUGGCCUCCUCCUCUUCCUCAUCAUGUUUAUCUUCUCCAUCUUCGGCAUGUCUAACUUUGCCUAUGUGAAGAAGGAAGCUAUGAUUGAUGAUAUGUUCAACUUUGAGGACUUUGGAAACAGCAUGAUCUGCCUGUUCAUGAUCACCACGUCCGCUGGAUGGGAUGGUCUGCUGAAUCCCAUCAUGAACAUGCCACCAGACUGUGACCCAGACUUUGAAAACCCCGGUUCAUUGGUCAGGGGGAACUGCGGCAGCCCGGCCGUGGGCAUCGUCUUCUUCACCUCCUACAUCAUCAUGUCCUUUCUGGUGGUGGUCAACAUGUACAUCGCCAUCAUCCUGGAGAACUUUAAUGUGGCCACAGAGGAGAGCAGCGACCCGCUGUGUGAGGAUGACUUUGAAAUGUUUUAUGAAACUUGGGAGAAAUUUGAUCCUGAUGCUUCACAGUUUAUCCAGUACAGCGAGCUGUCGGACUUCUGUAACACUCUGCAGGAUCCUCUGAGGAUUCCUAAACCUAACAUGGUUAAACUAAUCCACAUGGAUCUGCCUCUGGUUCCAGGGGAUAAGAUCCACUGCCUUGACAUCCUGCUGGCCCUCACUGCUGAGGUUUUGGGUGAUUCAGGAGCAAUGGACACUCUAAAGGCCAGCAUGGAGGAGAAGUUCAUGGCUAACAACCCCUCCAAGGUGUCGUAUGAACCAAUCAGCAGCACGCUACGCAGGAAACAGGAAGAGGUGGCAGCGACGGUGAUCCAGAGAGCCUACAGGAAGCACCUCCUGCAGCGAACAGUCAAAGUGGCGUCUUACAAGUACAGAGAGAAGACGGGGGGACGGCAGGACACGCUGUCUCCUCCAGAGACAGAAGGGCUUCUCUAUAAACGAAUCAGUCAGUUAUACGGAGAUGGAAAGACCGAUCCUCCCACCCAAGUGGAGCUUCAGAGUGAGUUUGUCCUCCACGCUGCUCCUCCACUCGAUGGCCUCACCUUUCUGCAGGAUGAGAGCCUGAGGGAAUCAACUGUGUGAUGGCACACGAGUUGGCUUCCCAGAAGAGCGACAGCUCGCAGCAGAGACACCUUCAGACCCUGAGUCAUGGAGGGUUCCCACGCCCAUCCUGAACUCAUGGAUCUUCCUUCACACCUGAGAAGGUUUAAUCACUGUGUGUUGAUGUUGUGUAGAUGCUAAGGUUUUCAGCUCUGUACCUUCUAACAGCUUCAGGUCUCACCUUGGAUUAUGAUGUGAAAACUUGGACUUACUAACACUAGCUGGUACCUGCUGAGUGAGUCGGACUCCUCAACCUGAGCUGCUUUAGCUCCGCCUCCUGUUACCAGAAGUUCUGAUCCAGACUCAGGAGCCAUAAUGUCAGCAAGAAGUUAAAUCUAAAUAGUUUUUUCAGUCAGAAGAACGAAGUUUUCUGGUCUGAUGUGUUAAAAAAACAGUUUGUUUUCUGAUUUAUAAUAAUA